CGUGAUUACGUCUAAUGUGUGCGACUCCGCUAGCAGCAUGUGGGGAUGGUUGUUUGGACUGCAAUCAACGUGUGAAAUGUGUCAAAAGUGAUUUAUCGUUUGUGUAGCUAAAAUAUUUAGUAUUAGUCGAUUUUAAUAGGCAAAAUGGCAUAUAAAAAUCUACAAUUUAAAACAAAUUACGCUGUGUCCAGCAAGAUCGAGCCAUUUUACAAAGGAGGGAAGGUGCAGAUUAGCAGCGAUGAGAAGUACAUUUUUUGCACCUGUGGAUCACGUGUCAAUGUUUUGGAAAUCAGCACAGGCAAGAUUGUCCACUGUGUGGAGCAUGACGAUCAAGAGGACAUCACAUCAUUUUCACUUAGCUGUGAUGACGAGAUACUUGUAACAGCCAGCAGAGCUUUGCUGCUAAAGCAAUGGGACUGGAGGCAAGCCAAAUGCACUCGCUCCUGGAAGGCCAUCCACACUGUUCCUGUGGCCAGUAUGACCUUUGACUCCACCUCCACUCUUCUGGCAACAGGUGGCUGUGAUGGGACAAUCAAACUUUGGGAUGUGCUGAAGCAGUACUGCACUCACAACCUUAAAGGAUCAUCUGGAGUGGUUCACCUGGUUCAGUUUCACCCAGAUACCAGUCGGCUGCAGCUCUUCUCCUCCUCUCUGGACUGUGGUAUUCGGGUAUGGGACUUGCGGUCCAGCGUGUGUGUGUGCAUCCUGCAGAGCCACUACAGCGCUGUCACGUCCCUCAGCUUCAGCGGUGACGGUGACACCAUGAUCAGUUCUGGUAGAGACAAAAUCUGUACAGUGUGGGACCUUAAAACCCGGCAAGCAAAGAGAACUGUUCCAGUUUAUGAGGCUGUGGAGGGAGCCGUGCUUCUGCCUGAGAAUACAGACUUAUCUCAGAUUGGAGUGAAAAGCAAAGGUUUACAUUUCAUCACAGCUGGCAGCAAAGGUGUGCUGAGAGUGUGGGAGGCCAGCACUGCACGCUGUGUUUACACCCAGACCCUUCCAUCUAUCUCCACUUCUGUCUCUGAGGAAGAUGAGGGGAACGAUCCUCGCAGUCUGAUACACCUUUUCCACCUGCCCACCUCGUCCAGGCUGGCCGCAGUCACUGCAGAACACAACAUAUUCUUCUACCGGCUGCCUGAACUCACCACGCUGCAACAAUUUGUGGGUUACAAUGAUGAGGUGUUGGACGUGAAGUUCCUGGGUAAAGCUGCCAGUCACAUUGUGGUGGCCACCAACAGCUGCCAGCUGAAAGUGUUUGAGCUGCUCACCAACAGCUGCCAGAUCCUCUACGGACACACAGAUACUGUCCUCACACUGGACGUGUUCAUAAAAAAGUCCAUGUUUGCGAGCAGUGCAAAGGACCGGUCAGUGCGUGUAUGGCAGAUGGACAGUGACAGCGGUCAGGUGCGAUGUGUGGCUCAGGGCUCCAGCCACACCAAUGCUGUGGGCUCCAUCAGCUGCUCCAGGAUGAAAGCGUCUUUCAUUGUGACUGGCAGUCAGGACUGUACCCUGAAGGUGUGGGAUCUACCUGAAGAACUUCCUGCAUCAGGGACAGAAAUCCACCAGCUAAGACCCCGAACCACAGAGAAGGCUCACGAUAAGGAUGUAAACAGUGUCUCCGUGUCUCCUAACGACAAGCUGCUGGCCUCGGGGUCCCAGGACUGCACAGCCAAGCUGUGGUCUCUGUCUGGGGAUGGAAAUUUGGGUCUCGUGGGGGUGUUUCGGGGCCACCGUCGUGGGAUUUGGACCGUCUGCUUCUCUCCCGUUGAUCAGGUUCUGGCCACGUCUUCCGCAGACGGGACAACAAAGCUGUGGAGCCUGCAGGACUUCAGCUGUCUGAAGACGUUCGAGGGCCACGAUGCUUCGGUUCUUAAAGUCAUCUUUGUGAGCCGCGGCACGCAGCUGCUGACCAGCGGCUCAGACGGUUUAGUGAAGCUGUGGACCAUAAAGACCAACGAGUGCGUGAAGACGCUGGACGCCCACCAGGACAAAGUGUGGGGGCUCCACGCCAGCCACAAAGAUGACAAGAUGGUGACGGGCUCUGCAGACUCUAACAUCACCGUGUGGGAGGAUGUGACCGAGGUGGAGCUGGCGGAGGAGCAGGCCAAGCAGGAAGAUCAGAUACUCAAGCAGCAGGAGUUGUCCAACCUGCUCCAUGAGAAGAAAUAUCUGAAGGCCCUGGGUCUCGCCAUCUCACUGGACCAGCCUCACACCGUGCUGACCGUUAUCAAAGCGAUUCGUCAGGGUGAGGGAAGCCACGAGCUGCUGGAAAAGACGGUGCUGAAACUGCGAGUCGAUCAGAGAGAGUCGCUGCUGCGCUACUGCGUGGUGUGGAACACCAACGCCAGGAACUGUCAGGACGCUCAGGCCGUCCUCCAGGUGCUCCUCACUCACCUGCCGCCCGAGGAGCUUCUUCAGUACCAGGGAGCCCGAGCCCACCUGGAGGGUCUGAUCCCGUACACAGAAAGACACAUGGAGAGGAUCGGCCGUCUGCUGCAGGCGUCCAUGUUCCUCAACUACAUGUGGCAGAAAAUGAGAGUAACUGGAGCAUCGAGCAUGACCCAAGAUGAUGAAAUGGAUACGACUCCUCUGACACAGACCCAGUUCUUUUUUGAUAAAGAGAAAAUAAAGGAGAGUAGCGCUGAGAGACGAGGUGACGACAGCGACAGCGGGCAAGACGAAGAUCCACAUGAUGAUGAAGAAGAAGAGGUGAUUGAAGUCAGCGCCACAAAAAAGGCCUCUGCUAACAGGAAAGCUGAAGGCAGAACCAACAGGAAGCAGCAGCCAGAGAGCGAGGAAAGCUCUGAGGAGGAAGACGAGGAGCUUCAAACAAUGAAAGUGAAGAACCUCCCAGUUUCUUCUCCUCCACAGUGUCAGACUCUGAGCUGAUGGAAACACGGACACUCAGGCUGUCAGGAGAAGAGGAAAUAGAUGCCAAGUGAAAACACGAAGAACAGGUUUUGCUGUAAAUACUGAAGACUUUCCAAGUCGUGGCGUUUUACCCGUCAGUCGUUUCUCGUAUAGAUUUUAAACGGAAACUGAAGAUGCGGAACCAUUCCGAUGUGUUUUUUAUUUACCGUAUAAAGAAUCCAAGAAGAUGAAGAGGCUAAAGGAGGAAGAGCUGAAACACAAACGUGGACAAGUUUGUUUCAGUUCUGCAGUGUUGCAUCAUCAUUUUGAUCUACUGACGUUUAUACAAAUGCAAUAACUUUACAUAAUCUACACAAAAACAUGUUUAGAUACCAGUCAAUGCAUUU